AUGUCGACCUCACAAGAAAUGCUGUUUUUCGGGAUGGAGAUUGCCCCCGAAGUGACUGAGGAGCGCUUCAACGACUGGUACGACAAUGAGCACGUCCCGCUCCGACUAACUCUCGCCGGGCUGAACGCCGUGACCCGCUACAAAGCCACGGACGGGCAAGUCCCCACCUGGCUCACGAUGUACGACUGCGACACUGCAGCUGUGUUCACAUCCGAAGCGUAUGCCUCGAUCGCCGCGCUUGCCUCCGAUAACGAGAAGGAGAUUCUGACCAAGAUCACCGGCAUGAGCCGCCGCAUCUACCGGCACUUGUCGACGAAUACCGCUCCCGGAGUUUCCGAGGAAAGUCUGCCGAGCAAGUUCGUUUUGGUGGCUGGCUUGGAAGUGUCGGAGGGUGACGAGGAUGAGUUGAAUAAAUGGUAUUCCGAGGAACACAUCGAUAUGCUUUCCAAAAUUCCUGGCUGGAGACAAUGCCGACGAUACAAGAUCAUCGAGUACAAGCAAGUCGGCGCUGUCAUGGAAGGAAAACCGGUCUGCAAGUAUCUUGCCAUCCACGAGUUCGAGAAAGGCGAUUUUCUCCAGACACCCGAGCUGCAGAACGCAACGACGACCGAUUGGGCGAAGCGUAUGAUGUCCAAGGUUGUCAAUCAUGAGAAGAGGGUGUUUGCACUGCACAAGGGCUGCAAAUCUCUGAGCAAGUAA